CAACCCCGAUACUCUGUUACAUUUCUGCUUUCAGAGCUCCCAAAUCUAAACACAAUGGCCCCCAAGAAGGACGAGAAAUCCGCGACUCAGGAGGCCGGCGCCGAGGCCCCUGCCAAGGCCGAGGCCAAGCCUAAGGCCGAGAAGGCCGCCAAGAAGGCCAAGAAGGAGCCCUCCAAGAAGGCUGCCAAGGAGCCCAAGGGCGACGGCGAGAAGAAGGAUAAGAAGAAGAAGAAGAGCGCCGUGGAGACCUACAAACUGUACAUCUACAAGGUGCUCAAGCAGGUGCACCCUGACACCGGCAUCAGCAGCAAGGCCAUGUCUAUCAUGAACAGCUUCAUCAACGACAUCUUUGAGAAGGUUGCCACCGAGGCAUCCAAGCUGAGCCGCUACAACAAGAAGCCUACCGUGACCUCCCGCGAGAUCCAGACCGCCGUGCGCCUGGUGCUGCCCGGCGAGCUGGCCAAGCACGCGGUGUCGGAGGGCACCAAGGCCGUGACCAAGUUCACCUCGGGCUAAGCGCCCUCUGGAUGGACGCCUGUGCUAAGUCUCGAUUCAAAACUCGGUGUUUCUCAACACCACCACACUGCCAAACGCACUUGGCCUGGGAUGGGAAGUGGCAGGGAGUGCGAGAUGGGGCAGGGGUAGGGACAUGCGGGGCCUUAUGUUCACCUGCGAUGCGCAAUGGCAGGGACAGGUACCACAGUGUCAAGAGGCAGGCGGGCCGCGGGGGAGCUAGGAGUCCUUGGUAUACUGGCGAUGGUGAUGGUACCAUGGCCCAACCAACAUGGACAUGAUUGACUGCACGCUGCUGCCACAAACCAAUUAUACGGUACACAAGAACGCACGCACUCUUCAACUCCUUUAGGUGGGACAGGCAACAAGCAGCGGCACGGACUUGGGGCGUUGUUGCGUCUGGGAGCGUGUGCCCACGCGCACACGCUCACUUGGGAGUUGGGACGGGGUGGGAGACGAUAUGCCUGAAGGGACGGGCUAAUGCUACAGCGUUAGCAGUUUGCUGGGCACGAACCGAGGCCAGCCCCGGAGGCCCCUGCACACGGGCGGCCAACAGGAAGAUGGGCCGUGGCUGACAGGCCAGGCCACUGAGCUCAGGAGCUGUGUGUGCAGUCAAGCCAGUGGUGUCUGAUGCACCGACACCGUAAGCUAUGCUUGAGUGCUCCUGGCCACGGGGUUACGGUGUUUGAGGGCAGUGGGACUCUGGCUCAGGCGGCACAUGCACAGUGACAAGAUGUGUGUUCCCCUCGCAUGGGAAAACUGGGCUACGCCCACGCCACGUCUCUAGUCCUGUAUAGUC